AUGACGCAUUCGAACGGAUUCCGCUCUUACGGUGGCGGUUACGGCGGCGGUGGCGGCGGUGGCUACGGCGGUGGUGGUGGUGGUGGCUACGGUGGUGGCUACGGCGGCGGUGGUGGUGGCGGCGGCUACGGCGGCGGUUACGGCGGCGGCGGCGGUGGUCAGUUCUCUCGCGGCAGUUACGGUGGCGGCUUCGGCGGCGGCUUUAAUGGCUCGUAUCGACGAUUUGCCUCGUCGCGUUCGGAUCAUGCUGACUCUGCAGGCGGCGACCGCAUGGGCAACCUUGGCUCCGGCCUUCGCAACAUCGACUGGCAGUCGACCGAGCUCAUCAAGUUCGAGAAGAACUUCUACAUCGAGGACAAGGCUGUCUCCGCGCGCUCCGAGGAGGAGAUCGCCGCGUUCCGCAAGGAGAAGGACAUGCGCAUCCAGGGCACCAACGUUCCCCGCCCCAUCACCAACUUCGAGGAGGCUGGCUUCCCCGAGUACUGCAUGACCGAGAUUCGCGCUAUGGGCUUCGAGGCACCUACCCCUAUUCAGUGCCAGGCCUGGCCUAUGGCCCUCUCGGGUCGCGACGUCGUCGCCAUUGCCGAGACCGGUUCCGGCAAGACCAUUUCGUUCGCCCUUCCCGCCAUGGUCCACAUCAACGCCCAGCCGCUUCUCGCGCCCGGUGACGGCCCCAUUGUUCUCAUCCUUGCCCCCACCCGUGAGCUCGCAGUCCAGAUCCAGGCCGAGUGCACCAAGUUCGGCAAGUCCUCCAGAAUCCGCAACACCGCCAUCUACGGUGGUGCGCCCAAGGGUCCCCAGAUCCGCGACCUCCAGCGCGGCUGCGAGAUCGUCGUUGCCACGCCCGGCCGUCUCAUCGACAUGCUCGAGUCUGGCAAGACUAACCUCCGUCGUGUUACUUACCUCGUCAUGGACGAGGCCGACCGCAUGCUCGACAUGGGUUUCGAGCCCCAGAUCCGCAAGAUUGUGUCGCAGAUUCGCCCCGACCGUCAGACUCUCCUCUUUUCGGCCACUUGGCCCAAGGAUGUGCAGCGUCUCGCAACUGACUUCCUUCACGACUACAUCCAGGUCAACAUUGGCUCCAUGGACCUCACUGCGAACCACAACGUCGCUCAGCACGUCACCGUCUGCUCCGACUUUGACAAGCGUCAGAUGCUGCUGAAGCACCUCGACCAGAUUUCGCGUGAGAACGCCAAGGUGCUGAUCUUUGUUGGCACCAAGCGCGUCGCCGACGACCUUACCAAGUUUAUGCGCCAGGACGGCUGGCCAGCACUCGCCAUCCACGGCGACAAGCAGCAGGCCGAACGCGACUGGGUCCUUGCCGAGUUCAAGUCGGGCCGUAGCCCAAUCAUGCUCGCCACCGAUGUCGCCUCGCGUGGUCUCGAUGUCAAGGACAUUUCUUACGUCAUUAACUACGACUUCCCCAACAACUGCGAGGACUACAUUCACCGCAUUGGCCGUACCGGUCGUGCUGGCCGCAAGGGUACCUCGUACACCUACUUCACCACCGACAACUCGAAGCAGGCAAGGGAGCUCAUUGGCAUUCUCCGCGAGUCCAAGUCGGAGGUUCCCCCAGAGCUUGAGGAAAUGGCUCGCUACGGUGGUGGUGGCGGCGGUGGCCGUGGCCGUGGUGGCCGCGGCUUUGGCGGAGGUCGUGGUGGCUUCCGCUCCGGCGCCAACUCUUUCGGCGGCGGCGGUGGCGGUGGCGGCGACCGCGGCUACGGCAGCAGGUGGUAAACCAUUAUCCUCCCCUUCUCAUCGCCCUCUCCCUUCUUUGUUCCCUCUCCCCCCCUCCCCCUUCCCCACACUUGAUCGGUUCGCGGCGCGGUAUGGCCUGGCCCUCACUCGUUGCAAUUGACCACAUAGACUGUUCAUCAUUCAUUGACUCCCCAUCACACAUGGAUCUAUAGAGCGGGGUAAUCCGUAUCGUACCCUGUGACAUAGACAUGAUUAUGCCAGGCCAACGUUACGCGUGCACACGCCUCGUUUUGGGGGAGCGCGUAGCGUCGCCUCGCCUCGCCCGUGUGGUGGAACUGACGAGUCUGUCUGUACCCUUUGAAUCCUAGAAGAAACAUGUUAGCCGUGGCAAUAUUGAGCGAGCAGUUCGAGUAUGUGUGAAUCCG